GUCAGUAAACGGCGUCGUCUCGUUGGCAUGUUCGGUGGCACCGCAGCUGUUCGUUUUCGUCCACCUCCAUCUCUCUGGUCCGGCCGGCGCAGCCUCGGACGAGUCAGAGCGGAGAAGACGGCGAGGCUGUCAAUGGCGGCUACAGUGAAAGAGGUGAAACUGAAACCCGUAGAAGCCACCCCUGAGACGUUCAAAGAUUUCGGACAGGUCGUCGGAGCUUCCCCCGACGGCGAGGAGUUCGGCCCUCAAGAUGCUCAGCUCGACCUCAGCCGCGGGACUCCCAGGUUUUACAUAAUGCAUCUCGAAGACCGUCCGCUAAAGUUCUCCACCAUAACCCACCAUGCAAGUGUGACCCAGUGCCUUGGUUCAAUAGGUGGGCACCCUUGGUACCUCGGGGUCGCCAAGCCAUCGAUAGUGGGUCCCUCAGAUGAGGUUAAAAAGGAUGGUAGUGUUGAUGGCAGAAACAUCAAGGACUCUCCGUGGGGCCACUCAUAUGUGCCUCCUGCUGUCGAUGAUGUGCAAGUAUUCAGGAUCGAGGGCUCAAAAUUCUUGAAGCUUAACCAUGGAACAUGGCAUGCGGGGCCCCUGUUCAAGGCAGAUUCAAUGGACUUCUACAACUUGGAAUUGAGCAAUACUAACGUGGUGGAUCAUACGACUCACAACUUCAGGAAAAAGAAUGGAGUUAUCUUCUCAAUCGAGGAGUAGCAUUCACCAUCAUAGCUGCCCUCCUCAGUAUAGACAGCAAGGAAUCAACCGGGGCUGAAGAAUCAUAGAAAGUCUUGCACUAAGUUCAGCUGGAUGGACUAGCUUAUCGGAGUAAAGAAUUUCGGCGAAUCUUUCUUGUUCGUACUUGCGGUGUUUGUUUCUUGCAGUGUUUGUUCUUUCAAAAGCUUUAUGGUAUUAUACUGUGUACAAUAAGUGCCGUACGUUGUUGAAUUCAUUUCGUAAUCAAAAUUCCAGGGAACAUCGACCUAAUUAUGGCGGCUUAGAUGUAUA